UUUUUUUUUUUGGGGGGGGGGGGGGGGCAUGGCAGAGCUGCAGAGAUCUUCACAAACAUUUAGGAGGUCUGGUUCAUCAGGUUUGUUCUGCGACCAGAACCAGAGGGGCCAUGUGGCAACUGGGGAUACAGGGGAGGACAGCUUAGAGGUCAAGAAGCUAAGGCACUCCCGUAGUGUUGGUGGAAUGCUGCAGCAGAGUUGGAAUGGUGAUGACAAAGAGCACAGCAGGUUCAACGAUGGCAACCAGGCCUUCAGUUCUCGACUUGUCCUGCCUGCUCUGGAUCCACCUUCACCCAAGGUCUCACGCUGCAUAUUCUGCGGGAUUUUCAGGAAGGAAGAGCCCUCACGCACAUCCAAACCCAAUCCCAGAAGGAUGUCAAGAUCAUGGUCAUCUGAUCAGCAAAGUUAUCCUGGUUGGAGUCUGAUUACUGCAAGUGAUUCUAUCACUUGUAUGUACUGUUGCAACUGUGAGGCUAUGGCCUUAGGGCUUCACAGGCGCUCAAGUUUCUCUCGUGUUAAAAAAGUUACAAUUUCCUGGCAUCUGAAAAUGCUAUUCUUAGUGCCUGGACAACGGACCUGGAUCCUGUGCAGUUACUACUGCUACUGUAAGUUAUGCAGUCUCUCCAUCUGAACCAUCGAAGAGGCCAACAAUGGUUAAGA